AUGGAGCCGGAGCUGGGGCCCCCCUCGGGCGCCGCCGCCUCCUUCCCGUGCCCCCCGCCGCCCCGGGAGCAGGAGCGGAAACUGCAGCAGGAGAAGCUCUCCGGGGUGGUGAAGAGCGUCCACCGGCGGCUGCGCAAGAAGUACCGCGAAGGUAAGGCGGGAGAAUCCCCGCCGCCCCUCUGCCCCUCUUCCCACGGAGCAAGGGGAGGAAGCGGGGGGUCCCUCUGUCGCCCGGGGGGAGCGAGGCCUUGGCCGAGGCCUGGCGGGGAAGCUGAGCGGGCCCCACCCCCUUUCCCCGCCUGCCCUGUAGGCCUCUGGCCCCGCCGGGCGAGGAGCAAGGCAGGAGGGCGGCUGUGGGGGACUGGGGUCCCGGGCCUGUGAGGGGAGAGGGCGGCCGCCUUGGGGCCUCCUUUCAUUCAAGAAACGGUGGUUGUUCCAUCUUCAUCGUUGUGCCAAAAUGGGAUCCGAUGGCUUCUUUCUUUCUUUCUUUCUUUCUUUCUUUCUUUCUUUCCCUCUCUCUCUCUCUCUUUCUCUCCCCCCCACGCCCCCCAAAAUAUCAAGAGCCAGAAAAGUGGCCACAGGGACGAUGUUAAGCGGUUGCCCGCAAAGCUUUAAGAGGGCGUGACAUAAACCCCCAAAACAUACACAGUAUCCUGUGUAAUUCAGAGUAUUAUUGGCCAUGAAUCCGGAGUUUCAAGCCUCUUUAUUUCAGCUACCUGCUGGGAAGCACCGUGGCAGAGAUGGGUUGGGAGGCCACGAAGCAAUGUGUUCUUCUGUGAUCAUGGUCCCAGGGCUUCGCAGUGUUUCCUCAGCCCGUUUUGAAUGCUGCCAUUUUGUUCCAGAAUGUUAUGAAGCUGUACAGCAUAAUGGGUGUUGCUUUUACUUGGGGGUAUUCCAGCCUUGCUGCUCCAGAUUAUUUUCCUGAUUUCGCCUGGCAAGUCCAGGAAGCUAAAGAUGUGAAAGAGUUGCGGAAGGGAGAUGGGGAAAAUGCUACCAUAUUCUUUUCCUGGCUUUGUGGGCAGUGAAAAGGAUGAGGGCCUUUUCUGGGCUCUCAGGGCUGUUUUCCACAUUUCUGUUGCUUAAAAACAGGUGUACACACCCAUAUUUUAAGGCCUAUGAGGUAUGAAGUUACUUGGAAGCAAUUGGAGAGUUGACUACUGGGAAUUCUGAAGCUAUCCAUUUCGGUAUUCCGCUUGUUAAAUGGACUCUUGCAUACGUCUGUAUUUCUUAGGCAUCUCACCUUGCAAGGCUUCUCUUUCUCCAGCCUUCAUCCUGUUGAUACAUUGCAUCCUUUAGAAAGACAUUCAGUAUGGAAUGUAUGUUGAGAUUGGCAAAUAUGGCAACAGCUAGUUUAACUUUUCAUGGACUUGCAUGAAAUCAUGUCAGUGGAGUAAUUAAUCCUAGUAACCAGUCCCCCACCCCUCUUCUUGGCAAUAUGAAAAUUCCAGGCAAGAAACAAAUUCAGACCUCUCCUUCCAGCUCUUGUCAUCGCUUUGCAUGUCACAUAUCCAAUAUCUAAUAUAUGAGUUUACUGAGAGAGAAUUGAGGCCUAGUGCAAGCUGUUUGCUGAAGUGCACAGAGUGCAAUAGAAGUGACAUACUCAGGCCCUAGAUACUUAAGGUCUUGGGCAGGGGUCGCCAAGGUUUACUGGCCAUGGACCAGAUCACUCCCACGGAGAUCGUCCGUGGGCCGGACUGGCGCAGCACGAUGCCGAAAAUCGCAUCUGCACGUGUCCACUGCGCAGAAGCGAUUUUUGGCGUCUGGACAUGCGCAGAUACAAUUUACGGUAUCUGCAUGUGCACAGACACAAUUUCUGGCGCCGCUCGGCGAGUUGAUGCGCUGGUUUAGCACAGCGCGGGGGGGGGGGACUCACUGAGUGGGCAGCUUGGUUCACGGGCGGCUCAGGGGCCAGUAAAAUGGUCUUCAUGGGCCGCAUCUGGCCCAUGGGCCACACGUUGCCGACCCCUGGUCUUGGGCUCUUAUCCAAGAGCAACUGAAUAAAUCUCAUCAAGGGGUCAGCUAAAACAAUCUUUCAUGUUAUCGAAUAGGUUUAACAAACUUGCAAAACAAGCUAUCUGAUAAGGGUAUUGGAUAACAUACAAGAUUGUUUUAGCUCAUCCUCUUGAUGAGAUUUAUUCAGCUGCCCUUUGAAAGUCUUUGCAACUCAAAACUUUGUGUUGUUUCUAGCAUACCUUGAGUUAUCUGCUUUCAUUGUCUUGUAUUCUAAUUUGUCUGGCAUGUUUUGGGUGACCAGGGAUAAUAUGUGUGGGGUUUUUGUUUGUUUGUUUGCAUUUUGGUGGAAUCUGUAACAUACUCUGUAAACCAUGGGUAGGCAAACUAAGACCCGGGGGCCAGAUCCCGCCGAAUCGCCUUUUAAAUCUGGCCCGCAGACAGUCUGGGAAUCAUCAUGUUUUUACAUGAGUAGAAUGUGUCCUUUUAUUUAAAAUGCGUCUCUGGUUUAUUUGUGGGGCAUAGGAAUUCGUUCACCCCCCAAAAAAAUAUAUAUAGUCUGCCCCCCCACAAGCUCUGAGGGACAGUGGACCGGCCCCCUGCUGUAAGCAAACAGGAGCCCUUAAUAUAUUUAGUGUGAUUAAUAUGUCUUAAGCACAAGUGCAGUGGAAGACAGAAGUGCCUGGCGUGCUCUGGUCCAUGGGGUCAUGAAGAGUCGGACACGACUAAACGACUAAACAACAAGCACAAGUGCAACCUAACUUGUCAGCCAAAAUUCAUACAUCUGUUAUAUGCUUUGUACUAUAGCUAUAUUUAUAGCAUAGGUUUUCUUAUCCUAGUAAGACACAUUUUAGUAAGAUGUAUCUGUACCACAUCUGUAGAAAAGACAUGUUGUAUUUGUGCUAUGAUUUAUAAGGGUGUUUUAACUUGGAACUGUUUAAAUUGUAUUGUUUAUGGAUAAAUUCUGAUGUAUUGUUUUCGAUAUGGGCCAAUGGCCGCAAUAAAAUCUAAAUCAAAAAAAUUUGUGCUAUGAGAAACCCUGCUGAUAGAAAAAGGAUUAUAAGGCAACCUUGGUCUUGAGAUGGCCUUAACCACUCCACUAGUAUCAAUUUUUGUUUAUUUGUUUGUUUAGAUUUAUAUACCACCCUUCAUCAAAAGAUUUCGGAAGGGUUGACAAGAUCCCAUAGUGUGUGGGAUCUAAAAUAAUAAAGAAAUGGCAUCCUGGUGCAUUUCAUUGCCUCUUUGGUAGAUCCAGUCCUGGAAUUUUACUGCUGACCCUUAAAUAAAAGUCUUGUUUGAAUGUGGUACAUUCCCAAGUCCUCUUUGCAUGUCAAAGAGGUGGAAAUGUAAAUUUCAUACUGAGUAGCUAGUUUGACUAAAAUGUUCAUAACCAUUUUCUGUGAUGCAGAUACUCUGGUAAUUAAGCUUUUUGUGUGUCCUCAUUUACAAGUGAAGGAAGCAAAUGUAUGUGUAACUGCACUUUCUUGGAACCAUGCACUGUGACCCUUGCCCCUCUGGGUUGUAUCUUCCUACUGCCCAUCUAAAAAUUUAGGCAGGGGCCUAUCUCAUUUGCCAUGUAUAAUGCGAUGGUACCAUGUAUAUUGAUGCUACACAACAAUAAUUUUACUUAUAUAUUAUCAUCAGCCAUUUAAAUAAGGUAUGAGCCAUUUCCUUGAUGGCAAUUACUUCCUCCCAGAGGUUGCAAGAUUAUCCUGUGGACUUGGCUUGAUUACCUUAAUAACUGCAGUGGAUGAAGGAAAUGCCAUUCCUGAUAUGGUAGUUUCUACAUAUGUUGUGGCAUGUUCCUGUCAUCCUUGCUUCUAGAUUGUCUAUGACCUCUUCUAGCUGAAAUCUUGGCACACAAGGAGCAAAGUGGGUGUACGGUAGCAUUUCCAGUUAAACCAUUUCACCUAUUUUGAAUGAAAUAAAUGCAAUCUUGUGGUAUUUCAGGGUUUUCUUGCAGAAGAUCAAAGAAAGCAAGUACUUGAAAUCAGUCCAUCGCUGCUAGUAUAUCUCUUAAGUAUAUCCACUCUUCUUUAGAGCUCCAGGAUCAGCAGUUGCUAAUGGUCUCCCAUAUGCUUCAUCAUAGAAAACUGGUGGGAGAACCUAUAUCUAAGAGAUUCCAUGGUUGCAUAUGCUGACCGGGCUCGACUCUGCUAGCCUGAGGCAGAACCAAAAAAUGGAAAUUUUCAGCCCAUAGUUGCUGAAGGUAUGACCUUCUUGUAAUGGAAAGAUUUAAGGAGUAAAACUACAGAUCUGCCUUUAAUUUACUUGUUUGCGUAAUAGGUGCAAAAAAGCAAUAGACAAAGUACAUUUACUGUUACCUCCUUGGAGUAAAAAUGCACGCAUCAGAAGAAAACAGGCACUUUAUAUACACAUAAAACCCAUCAGUUGUCUCCCAUUUGUUAAAUGGGAUGAGUAUAUAGUUUUCACAGAGGCUUAAGUUUCAAUUUUCCAUCGUGUCAGCUGUGUCUUGAAGUUAAUAAGCUGAUGUAGGUUUUCCAAAGAAUGUACUGUGAAGAAGCCAUUUUAAUGGAUGUGCUCCUUCUGUCACUUUGAAAGAUGGUAGUGAAAGGAAAUGUUGGUGAUCCAACUUUGAACCCUAAUCCUUAGUAUAUGUGGCAUACUUUCUGGAAUUAUCGCAAUUACAUUAGUGUUGUGGCAGUGUUACAUGUUGUGGUAUUUUCCAGGCAUACUGUUGGAAAGUUCCCCCCACCCUCAUAAAAGCAUUACCACUGUUGAAUCUUGAAUGAACAAACUUUGAUUCUUGUAGAAGACUUUCUUUUCUUGAAAUGUGCAGUGCUUGUAGCCCUGAUUUGUGGAUAAGAUAUAGUUUUCAAACACAGGCACGAAUGAGAGCCAAUAUAGUUGUGCUGGGGUAUGCACAUUUUAGCAUGAUUUCGUCACCAACUAGUUUCACUUGCCAUGCCAGCACUAUUCCUCCCCAAGUGCUCUCUUAUGAGGACUUAGGGGGUGAGAAGGAUCUUUGUAUCUUAGUUUAGCCAUUGGAACUUAUAAAUAUUCUCACAGCUUUGUCCUUUCUCCAAACGUUGAGAGGUGAAGGGCUCCUCUCAAUAUUUCUGCAUCAGAAUUUAGGGAACUAGGAUCUCAGUAUUAACUUGUAAGGGGAGAUGUGAUUACUAGACGAGGGGGUGGUUGCCCUUUGUAGUCACUCCUAAUGAUUGGCUUUAUGGACCUUUUAGGUUGACAACUUACUUAAAAUGCAAGUUACAAGUUCAACACUUAACAAAGCUGAGUUCUGCACAAGUCUUUCUCCAUAGUUUUGUCUUAUUUUAUCAGUUCACAUCUACAUUGAAUUGGAUGUGCUUCAGCUGUGUAGUAAGGUUGUUAUGGACUGUUAAUAUGUGACCCACACCUAAAACAUAUUCAACCAAAUAUUGAAGUAAAAAUAGUUGAACAGUUUAUCUAGUAGUCAAAAUUAGUUGAACUGAAAUAUUUGUUUUGGAGGUUAAAUAUGUAAUAAGGUGCACAGUUUAAUUGGAAUGUGAGGUGCAAAGCUUUCUAGUUGGAAUCUUUUAUGUAUCUUUAGAUGUGACAAUUCAAUGAUGUAUGGUUCCUUAAGUUAUUUAUAUUGUAAGGGGGGAAAAUGAAUGUACUGUAUGCAGGUGGGGGAAGGGAAAGGAGUAUGAAUGUCCAGUCACUGCUUUUGAACUGUGCCACUGUUCUCUACCAAUAUACAAAUGUGAUUCAAGUAAUAUACAUCUGUAUAUUGGUAGAGAACACCUUGCUGUAUUUUUAUGAAAUGCAAUCUAUACAUAUUCCAAUAAACAAAAAUACAUGAAUAUGGUUCCAAGCUAACUAAUGUAUUUGCCUGAUACCCAUUGAACACAUGUUUGGGACACCAGAUCUGAGCCUAACCUGGUCCCUAGGCUUGCUAUGAGGCUUUCCUGUGGUGGUGGGGGACAGGACUUGAUUGGACAAUCUUUCACUUAUUCACACAGUAUCAGAUUCCUCUCCACAGAAUACACCAACACUCAAGGGUGUCUGCAUGCAGAGAAGUCUUUGACCCUUUGCAUCCUUUCAUUAUGUUGAAGCUUUUUCCUGACAUAUUCAUUAUACUUAUGAAAAUAUGAAUAACUUUAUAAUUCAAAGCAAUCUAAGCUACCUGUCGGCUCAGCUCUCCUUUAACCAUUAUGUCAUCCUGAUACCCAGUAUGUGUACAGUACAUGAUUUAUUAACUAUAUUAAGGUGGGGGCACAGAUAUAAAGCAUGAAUCGCUGCACAGAUUAUGAGAGAUUUAAUCUUACAUCACAGAGGUGAUGGUGUGGCCUUGCAGUUGGUUACAGCUACUGAGGCAUUUGUGUAUAACUAGAUACAUGUGUAUUAUUUAUUUCUAUUAUUUACUAAAUUCUAUUAUUUACUAUUUACUAUUUAGCACCCCUUCAUCCAUAGAUCUCAGGGUGAUCCACAACAUAAAAAUACGAGAUAAAAACACACAAAAAACAUAAUAAAAACAAGAACAAAAACAAACCAAUAGCCAACCCACCCCGGUUCACAGUAAUACCAUAAUGAGAUUGCAGCUGCAUGCCAAUCCCAGGUUGUUUACAUGAAGGAAGGUAUAAUUUGAAGCAUCCAAGUGGUGAAUAACAGCUGUUUAAAAUAAUUAUUAGGAAGUUGUAUGCAACGUUGCUUCCUAGUCUUUUCUUAAGUGUUUCGUAAAAUAUUUUGGAAUUCAAAUUUUGCUUUUGAAAGAGCAUAGUGAGCAAGAGGGUAAAAUCUAUUAGCACCCAUUUUAUUUUGAUUUAUGGCAUGCUGCGUAUGUAACCUGAGGUACCACUGUAUUUUGGCAUUGUCUGGGUCAACUUUUCAAGUAACCUACCCUGGUGUCCCUGAAGGGUGAACAAAAUGAUGCUGUACCUACUGUGAUGAACAGGUUAAGGGAGUACAAGCAAAAAAACAUUGGGUAAUAGCUGAGAGUUGGGAAUAUAUUUAAAAUGGUGACUUUAAUACAAGCUGAAAGUCUCCUAGAAUCUAAUGUCUCUUUGUAACAUAAAAAUAGGCUUUCCCUGCCAAUAUACUACAGAGUGGUAGCUUUCCAUUUGGAGCAACACUGAAUUGGUUACUAGUUGUGAACUGAACAGAGAACAUCAGUCAGUUAUUUAGAAGAGAUUAUACAGCUUUCCAGUGUCGGUUACAUCAGCAUAGUUUAGAAGGUUCAGGAAAUGGUGGUUAGAGUAAAUUCAAUCUUGGAUGGUAAACAGUUUGUCUUAUUAGUAAUCUGAUAUUGUAGUUUGUCUGCUGAGCCAGAAAAACAAGCAAAAAUUUCCAUUAGGGUAGUGAAGGUCCUUCAUGGGACCUGGAAGAGAGGGGAGGGAAAGGAGGAAUGACUUUUCUCCCUAGAUCUCUUCGCUGCAGCACAAUCAAUGUUUGUGUGGCUUCUCCAAUAUGAGCUUGAAAGGGAAGUAGGAUAGCAAAGGAUAGGUUACUGUGCAGAGUAAACAAGGGAGAAAACCUGAAGUGUUGUAAUCUAGUCAUAUGAGUAACUUCCUUAACGAAGUCAAACUAAAUAUGCCAGGUAUAUAUUUUCAACAAAACAGCUUCAAAAACAUUGUAGGCAAGGCUCUUGAGCUACUUUUGAAAAUAUCUUUUGCAUUGGCGUGGUAAUUGUAAUCCAAUUUUCUGUUCUGAAUAAUGAGUAAUCCUUUCUGUGGGUAGUUGGGAGAUGGGGCAAUAGAAUAUCUCUUUUGCUCCAUAGGGCUGUUUCCUUUCCAAUUCAACAAACUUGAUGCAAUCCUCAAAUGGGUUUGAGGGAAAUAUUUCAUACCUUUUUUUUUCUAUAUGACUGAAGAGCCAAACUGUAUUUUUAUACCCAAACAGAAAACGAAGUUGCUAGUUGGUUUCUGCUAUUUCUGUUUAUUAAGUUUGCACAAUUAGGUUUCUCUCUUCCCCUCAUUGCAAUGUUUCCACAAUAAGCCGGACUCUGGGUUUGAUGAACACUCGUCCAUUAUACUCACCGGUCUCUUUUUUUUGUGUGUUUUUAGUGGGAGACUUUGAUAAAAUCUGGCGUGAACAUUGUGAAGAUGAAGAAACACUCUGUGAAUACGCUGAGGCAAUGAAAAAUCUGGCAGAUAACCAUUGGACUAAAACCUGUGAAGGAGAGGGCCGCAUUGAAUGGUGUUGCAGGUAAGUGGUCUAAUGCAAACUAUUGAGAAAGUUGUUUUUGGUCAUAAGCUUGCAGGAUUUCUACAGGAGAACAGAUUGCAAAAAUACAUUUCCACAGAAUAUAUGUUUCUGUAUAUAAUUGCUUUCAGGGUUCUGUUUUGUUUUCUUUAUAUUUGUAGCAGUCUUUGUAUUUAACAAAUAAUGAAUGGAAAACAUCUUUCUAUCAAAUGUAUACAAAUGGAGACCUUCUUUCCCAAACCCAAUGUUUCAUGAUGUUUUCUGCUGCCAAGCUUUGUUUUCAAACCACAUGCCUAGUACUAAAUUGAUAGAUUAAGACUGCAUCACUAGACAGGUGGAGAUUAAAAGGGAUUUUAGUUGUUCGUUCCAGUUUCUAGAAUAGAUUUACCCAGUAUUACUGGAAUGUGAAGACCCACCUAUAGUGUAGAAAUGGCAAUUCCUUGGACUCUACCCAUGUAGUCAAAUGAAAGCACUUAGUUUUCAGAUUAACAGUUUUAGUUGCUUGUUCUGGUUGAAAUGGGGUGUGGGAUACAGCUGAAGGGAAGCCCUGUAGAUAUAUAAACACCAGCUUGGUGUGGAAAACACUUCUAAUAAGACAAAAGAUUCAGAAGAAGAAAGAAGGAAAGAAACUUUAAUUGCUUGUGAUCCUGAAUAAACUGCACGGUCUUGAACAGAUACUAUAUCACAUUACUUUAAUUAACAUUUGGUACAAACCCAUUUGUUUAAUUUUAUGUGUACAAUCACUUCAAAUCAUUCUACCUAGAUAAGGAAUAAUUAUAUUCUGUUCUUUGAAAUAUAUAGAUAAGAAAGUGCCUUUAGAAAAUGAUAGUGAAAACUAUUUUGAAUUGCCUUUCCCCCUCUUUUUUUUCUCCCCAAGUGUGUCACGGGAAUAUUUUCAAAAUGGUGGAAAACGAAAAGCACUGGAAAAAGAUGAGAAAAGAGCAGUUCUUGCUACUCAAAGUAUUCAAACCAUGAGUAUUCACCCAGCUUCCAAAAUAGAGGAUUCUUCUGAAAAUUCAAAUCACAGUUCUAUAAUGGAUGAGUAAGUGUUAUCAGAGGGCAGAUGUGGUGGUGGUGGAAGUUCAUUUGUGUGUGUUUUGUGAAUUUAGCAUGCUAGACUAAGUAGGCAUUUUAGAGUCCUAUUUAUUUUACUGAAGGGGGUUAUGUAUGUGAUCUAAUGUUUCUGUUAAGAUCAGUGGGACUUAACAGAAGCUUACAUUUGGCCUAAUCAUGCCAAACAAGAACUGUAUUGCCGAAGAACACCAGAGGAACCCUGAAGUGUAUUGUCUAAACAAUAGAAACUUAAUUUCUUUACCAAAAAAACUGUAAGAGAUGUGCAAUUACUAAACUUAUUGUGUGUUAUAAGCAAAGUUCAGCAGAAGCAGGAAACCUCUAUUUCCCCAAGAGACAACAGGACCUAUUUAUCUUUCACUAAAUAAAUUUAUUAUUAUGUUGCUUUUUGGACCCAUAUGAAGUCUCCUUCCCUCCCUCCAAAAGAAAAAAACCCUUCAGAAAUGGGUUCAGAACAAGGACCUCCUUUCCUCUCUCAGUAGCUGAAGUACAUUGAAGUACAGUUUGGAGGGGACUAGGAAGAGGGUUAGGAAUUGCAUAUGUGGGGAGUUGUGGGCUUAUGGAGACAGACAAGGUUUCUUGGGAAAUGCCUUGGCUUAUUUCCAACCAAGUAUGACCAGGACAUGUCACCAUUUGCCAGUUAUAUAACUGCAGCUGUAUGUUUCCUGUUCUAAAAGAUUGCAAUGCAAUUUCUAAAAGAUUCAGAUUUUAUUUAUUUAAAGGUUAUUUCACAAUUUGAAUCCCCUUCUAUUUAGAUUGCUACAUCCUUCAGGAAAGAUCAGAUUACUUGAUGUUGGCAGCUGUUUUAAUCCAUUUUUGAAGUUUGAAGAAUUUUUGACGGUUGGCAUUGACAUUGUCCCAGCUGUUGAGGUAUGAAACAUUUGUCAGUACAGAUAAUCAAGAGAUUAUUAAAUCCUUAACAUGCAAAAAAUUAUUCAGUUGGAUACUAGCAGCAUGCACUUGGCUUGUAUCCAGCUAAGCCACACUCAAAGGAGACCCAUUGACUAAAGUCCAUUGAUUUCAGUGGCUCUAAUCGUGACUUUCGUCAGAUACAGUCAUAUAUGUUUGGGUUUGUUUAAGCAUUCUAUCCACAAAUCAAUGUGUCAUAAAAAGUAAGACUUUUAAUGGAACAGUGCAAUCCAUUAAAGGUAGCAGUUUGGUCGUUGGAUUUUUCACUGAGAACAUGAUCUAUCCAAAGUUGAGCACUGCUGAACCCCUUGAUUACAUGCUGUAAAAUUCAGGUAAAAAUCAGUGGGGGGAAUGUCAAAACAUAUUUUACUUCCUGAAUUGUUUUAAAACCAAUGUUUUGUAUGAAAGACAGCUGCCAGGGUGUUCUUUAUUUUUAUGUGUAUUUAUUCAUGCAUUGAAUAAUCACUAUGAAUUUUGCAAUAUUCCCUUAAAUUCCAUAGUUCAGUGUUACAUCAAAAGUAUAAUUCAAUUCCUUUGUGCUUCAGAAUCAGGACUGCAGUGGUUAGACUACUUAAUUUGGGGGGGGGGCCUCCAAUCAUCCAACAGAUUUCUUGUUAAAAAUAAUUAGUAAUAUUUAGUAUUGGUGCAAAUGCCUAGAAAAACAGCAGAUGGCAAGCACCGUCUUAUGUCAUUUCCACUUUCUCUCUUCCAUAGAAGGGAAUGUCUCUUAUAAAAUGAUACCCUCUAUGGAACAAGUACAUUAUCUAAGAACAAACUAUGCUGUUUGCUUAUAUAUAUUUUUUAAUGCUUUACACAUAUGCCUGUUUAAUUUAUCAGUUAAUUGACUUCUGUAACGCCCUAUACAGGGGGUCGCCCUUGCACAAUACAGAAAUUGCGAUUAGGGCAGAAUACUACUGCUAGAGUGCUAUCACUUUUGGCAUGUGGUCUCAUGAGACUUCUGUCUUGGAGGAUGGGAAGUGGCUGCCUAUAUGUUACUGGGCCCAAUUUAAGGUGCUCUUGUUGACAUAGAAAGCCAUGAACAACUUGGUAGCUAGGUAUUUGAGAGAACACUUCUGUUGAUACCAACCUACCUCUGCCUUGAUAUCAGUGGAGGAAGUUCUGCUUCUUGUGUCUCCCUUCUGGUGAGUGUUGCUUAACUGUGGGGUAUGUGAGAUAGCCUUCUUGUAAUGAUAAAACUAUCUUUCUCUAGUAGGGCAGACAGUUACACCUUUGAAACUUCAUCACCAGCUACAAUACCUUUUUAUUCACCCAAGAUGAUGGUGGAGGUGGCUAACUGCUGUGAUCUGCGGGAUUGUUUUUAUAGAUUUAUAUAUAUGCCGUCCAACUCAGUGGGCUUUGUGAUGUUUGGCUGCUACGGAAUUGUUUAUUAUAUCUAUUUCAAUUUCUUAGAUUCUGUUUUUCUUUUGGAAAAUGCUUUGCAAUUCUUUUUCUUGAUGGAAAAUGCUGUGCAAAUGUUUAGAUUAAAAUACUGAAGCUCAAAAGAUUUAUCUGUUCAUGGUGUAGCAAUGCUUCAAAUGCGUAGUUUUAAUGUACCUGGCUUGCACCAUCUAAGUAUAUUGCUGCAUCUGUGUUUCUUUUCGCAGAGCGUCUAUAAAUGCGACUUCUUGAACCUUCAGAUUCAGCAACCUCUUCAGCUUGCGCAAGAUGCCAUAGAUGCUUUUUUGAAACAGCUAAAAAAUCCUAUUGAUUCCCUGCCUGGAGAAUUGUUCCACAUUGUGGUCUUCUCCCUCCUCCUAUCUUACUUCCCUUCACCUUAUCAACGAUGGAUAUGUUGCAAAAAGGCCCACGAACUUCUUGUAUUGAACGGAUUGCUGCUUAUUAUCACUCCUGACUCUUCCCAUCAGAAUCGCCACGCUAUGAUGAUGAAAAGCUGGAAAAUUGCUAUAGAAUCCUUGGGCUUUAAACGUUUCAAGUACUCAAAAUUUUCUCAUAUGCACCUGAUGGCAUUUAGGAAGAUCUCACUUAAAACAACAAGUGACUUGGUGAGUAGGAACUACCCAGGGAUGUUGUACAUCCCCCAGGAUUUCAAUAGUAUAGAAGAAGAGGAAUUUUCUAAUAACUCCUGCUACAUCCGAUCAGAUGCAGAAGAUGAACAACUGGCAUACAGCUUCAUGGAGCUUCCAGAUGCUCCUUAUGACUCUGACUCUGGGGAAAGCCAGACCAGCUCUAUUCCUUUUUAUGAGCUAGAAGAUCCUAUAUUGCUUCUAAGUUAA